CUUGUGAGAAUUGAACCACCAUAGGAUUGAAUGUCUUACAUUCUGUCGAUGUGUCAGCCUGUGGUCGCUUCGGCUCUUCGGUCCCCUUAAAAAUACAUGAAGUUGACAGUGAUGAUCAUGGGGCUUCAUUAACACCUGGCACUUCAGGUCGAUGGGUGUCAGUCUUUAGAUCUGCUGACUCCUCGUUGGCAUCGAGGUCAGGCCUUGUCCAAAACUCAGGCGAGGUGGGAAACAACUAUCCCCUGAGACUCGCAUCCACAUGAUCAUUUUCACCUUUGGUAUUUAACAUGGACUGCACGGCAUAAGUAGUCUAUUGGCCUAGCACUUCUUCAUCACACCCCUGAAACCCCAUAUAAAUCGCUAGUAUCAGCAACGCCUCUCACUAGAUCACCCCUCACGAAAAUUCCUCCCAUGGCAUCUCCUCAACACCUCCGAAAACCAAGGUACCAGGCUCUUGGCAGAAGUUCCGCAGUCAACGGGCAAAAGACCCUGCUUGAUCUCCCCAUUGAGAUGAUGCUCGAAAUCAUCACCUGGCUUCCGCGCUCUCGAGAAAAAGCACGCCGCAAAUCCAAGCAAAUUUCACCCCGUAAGGCUUUACGGCUGACUUCGAGAUUUUUGGCGGUAGCCCUUGAACCAUUCUUGCUGGACGCGGUCAGCAUCUCCUGCGCUUCUUCCGCGCGAGAUUUCCUCAAAUGGUGCACGGAAUGUGUCGCUCAGAACCGUGAUCCACCUGUGCGGCGGCUCAGCAUCAGCAAUGUGGGGCAUCCUUCCCUCGGCAUUACCAAUCCCCAAUUAGUAUCCUACAAUGUUUUUGAGGACAUCCUAUCAGUCAUCUCCCCAAGUUUACAUCAAUUGAAAAUUGAGUUCUACAACUGCUUCGAAUUCUCCGACAAAAUCGUCCACAGUUUUGGACGGGCGACAAGGCUUUGGGCUCUGCAUCUCCAGAUCAACGGACAACCUCCUCGACUCAACCCAGUUCCACAAGUUUCGAUGCGCGACGCUUCAGCAAACUUGAAUCUCCACGAUCCGUACCCCGUUCUUGGCAUCCCUAAGGGCCCUACCCAGUCUUAGCGAAUUAGAUCUCAAUAACUGCCUUGACUAUUGCAUGUCGUUAGAUACCAAUCCUGAUUCAAAUUUGCUUCCUUGCGUGCAACAUUUGAGUAUAAACAUCGACAGUCACUCGACAUCUUUAC